UGAUGAAGUGCCAUUCGCCUUCAACAAGAUGAAUGGAUUCUCCACGGUUGACGGUUUUGUGGAGUUAAACGAGUGUUUGGCAGAGAUGAUCAAGUAUGUGGCUAAUGAACCCUCAGUAGGGCUUUUCUAUGUUCAACAGCAUACCCAGAAUGCAGUGCCCAACCUCGUCAAUCUCAAGAAUAACAUUGUGGAGAAGUCCCGUGAGAUGAAUUUGCAUGCGCAAGAUUUGGAGGAUUCUAUAACCAUGGCAAGCUCAAUGAAAGAAUGUGGCUUUCCCGUUGCCGAUGAGAUGAUUAAAGACAUUAAGAAAUCUCUGGCUAUCAUGUCAACAAAACAACCAAAAAGUGGGAGCCCAAGGUCAGGUUUUCGAAUGGGAAGAACUAGCUCUUGGGGUCCAUCUACCUGGGGUCGUAAUGCAGCUUAUUCACGACAGGAUGGUGAAAAGAGUGGUAGUUAUCUGUCAACAGUUUUAAAGUCAGCAAAGCAAAAAGCCAGCAAUUUCAAGUGGCCUCAACUUGAUUCUAUAGAACCAGGAGAAACCAAAGGCUCUUCUCUGUCGUAUUCUAGCCUACCAGCUACCGGCACCACUUUAACUCUUCCGGUCUCACAAGCAGAUGAAUUGCCCCCGUCAAGUCAAAUUGCCGAUGAACUACAAGAAAAAGAAUUACCAGUUGAUGUAAACUCAUCGAGUCAUCAAUUAGUGUCAUUGUCGGAGAACUUUGAUGACUUCAAAGCAAAUAAAGAAGCAAAACUGGAGGAGUGGUUAGAAGGGGCCGGCAAACAGGAUGGUCGCACGGGAGGAACUGGUGAUGCGUAAGGGCUAUAUUUAACUAGAACUUUGGCUGCUGGAGAAACCUUACCUUGUAAAUGGCUUGUAUGUUUAUUCUUGGUUGGCGCGAUGCUAAAAGAUGACCGUUCCUUUGCUGUUCUAGGUGAAGAAUAUUUGCCUUGUAACUAUUGUAUUUGCUGUUACAGUGAAUAAAUUACUUGUAAAAUUCUUGUACUCGAAUUUUGGAAUAUUCUUUACAAAUUGUUAAUACAGUUUUUUUCUCGAA